CAGAACGAGAUAAUUAGCCGACGUUUUUCGCGAUCAAACUCACUAAACAGUGGUUGCCUUCCCGGACAACUGCCCAAAUUUUACUACCCAUUGGGUCGGCCCUAUUCGUCACAUGAGGUCGAGACACAGAUACGUAAAAUAACGGCCGUUUUUGACCGCUUUCCGGCCAGAAUUGUUGGCCGCAAAGAGUUGGGAGCGAUACUCAAAAUAGUCGGUUUACCCCUCUAUUGGAAAGAACCCGUGUUUAGAGCUGUGAAUAACUCAAACAUUAAUAUUAAUAACAAUAAUAAUAAUAUAAAUAAUGGUAAUGGAAAUGGAAAGAAGGAUGUCAUCAGUUGCGAGGCUUUCGUCGACUAUUGGAAAAAAGUGAUAUCGACGUGUUAUGACAACGCGUCGCGUUUUGUCAAAAUCCUGACUUCGGGUCAACGAAACUAUCUGUUGCCCGAAGACUUCGGA